AAGUGAGUCACCAGCCCAGACCUCACACAACCAUCAGAGGCCUCUUGACGUACAACCGACAGAAGAGGAAGUAAACUCUCACCAGGAUAAACUUAUGGAAGUUAUUUCUCUAGGGAAUGAGGUGUGGACCUCAACUCUUCAUUUUGACUCUGUUGAGGACAUCCACUCAUGCUUUCAAAGCCUGACUGCUGAAGUGAGCAAGCUGGGAGCAUCUCACACUCUGAAACUUGCUAACAGACUGUAUGGAGAGAAAACCUACAAUUUCCUUCCUGAGUUCUUGGCUUCCACCCAGAAAAUGUACAGUGCUGACUUGGCCCCUGUGGAUUUUCAGCAUGCCUCUGAGGAUGCAAGGAAGGAGAUAAACCAGUGGGUCAAAGGUCAAACAGAAGGUAAAAUCCCACAACUGUUGGCUAAGGGUGUGGUAGACAGCAUGACCAAACUUGUGCUAGUGAAUGCCAUCUACUUCAAGGGAAUAUGGGAGGAGCAAUUCAUGACAAGAGAAACAAUCAAUGCUCCAUUCAGACUGAAUAAGAAAGACACAAAAACAGUGAAGAUGAUGUAUCAAAAGAAAAAAUUUCCAUUUGGUUAUAUUUCAGAUCUGAAGUGCAAGGUGCUGGAGAUGUCUUACCAGGGUGGAGAACUUAGCAAGGUCAUUUUGCUGCCUGAAGACAUUGAGGACGAGUCCACGGGUCUUAAGAAGAUUGAGGAGCAAUUAACUUUGGGAAAACUUCAUGAAUGGACCAAACAUGAGAACUUGAGAAACAUUGAUGUCCAUGUCAAAUUGCCCAGGUUCAAGAUGGAAGAGAGCUACAUCCUCAACUCUAACCUGGGCUGCCUGGGAGUGCAGGAUCUCUUUAGGAGUAGCAAGGCUGAUCUCUCUGGCAUGUCAGGAUCCAGAGAUCUUUUCGUAUCAAAAAUUAUCCACAAGUCCUUUGUGGAUGUUAAUGAGGAGGGAACAGAGGCAGCUGCUGCCACAGGAGUCAUUAUUCAGGUGCUCUGCGAGAAGAUGCCUACUCCACAGGAAGUAUUCAGUGUGGAUCACCCGUUCCUUUUCUUUAUUCAGCACAAUCCCACAGCUAAUAUGCUCUUCUUUGGCAGGGUUUGUUCCCCAAAGAAGAAGGAGACUUUAGAGAUAGAAGGCAAAGCUUAGCAUUUCAUUCCCUGAGAUUAAUGAUGAUUAUUUCAUUAGUCCUUGUCAAUAAAACCUCUAUACAAAACACAAUCGUUCUUUCUUUUGUAUAUGUGUAUGUUUUGUAUGUUUCUUUUGUAUGUUGGCUUUUUAUAUCCAUUGGCAUUGGCGUGCAUAUAUUGUUUUUCCCCUGAAAAAUCUAAUUUCCACUGUCAACAGAAUCACGUCUAAAAGCUAAAGAAUUAAAUAGAUGUAUAGAUUCAUGACUGUGAGGUAACCUGUGCAAUUGUAAUAGGCUCCUGAUAGGCAUGAAAAUGUAUGGCUUUUCCCAUUCAGUUGUUUUCCAAUUUAGAGUUAGAGUGAAGAAAAAAAAACCAGGACAUAAAACUGAUAAUUCAUAAAGCCCUAAUAAAGUUAAUGGUUGCAAAAUA